AAUCGUUGAAAGCGUCGUUGACGUUCUUUGCAAUUUGCAAAAGUGGAAAGAAAAAGAAAAAUUAUGUAGACUUUUUCGGCCAAAAAGCAUAUCAUCAAAUUUUGUGCUAAAAAUUAAAGUGUUUUACAACGCAAAUGAAGUGAACGCGACACGUGCUAAAUUGCUAAAUUCAAGCUCGCUACUUAAAUAAAACACAAAUGAAGUAGUUUGCAAUUUUUCAUUUAUAUAUAAAAAUUUGUGAGAUAUAUAUAUAAAAUAUAUAUAUAAAUGUGCGUGUAGUUGUGUGUGCACGCGUGUAUGUGUGUGAGUGUGUUUUAAUGCGGCGAAUGCGAAACCGAAUGUGAAACCGACUUAAAAAAAAAAAAAAAAAGAGAUAGAAAAAAAACCGCACUCAGCGUAGACAAUUUUAAUUUUAUUUAAUUGACGCGCCGCAAACUACAGUCAAGCAAGGCGCGUGGGCAGCAAGCGUAACAAACAAUAGGAAGGGGAGCAGGAAUUUUUCUUUCACACACCGUUUGAUAAUAACCGCUAAAAUUGUGGAAAAACAGGAGAAAACUCCCAAGCGGAAGAAGAAGGCUGCAGCCAGUAAAAUGUCUGCAGUUUAUUCGCCGCAACCGCCGCCGCCGCCGUUGCCGCAGCAACAGCCGCAGCAGCAACAACAACCCGUGCAACAUCCGCCGCCGGGUUCGGUGCAGUUGCCGCCACCGCAAAUGCCGCCGCAGCAACAGCAGCAGCAACAACAGCAGCAGCAGCAACAACAACAACAGCAGCAGCAACAACAACAGCCGCCUGGCACUGGACAAGGAGGACCGCCGCCAGGUGGCGUUGUCGGCGGUGUCGGUCCCAUGGGACCCAUGGGUCCCAUGCAGCAGCGUGUCGUUGGUCCCGGCGGCGUUGGCGUCGGCAAUCCCGUGAUGAUGGGCACUCCGCCCAAUGCGGUGGGACAGCGCGGCGGUGUGCCAGCACCGCAGGUUAGCUCCGCCCAGAUCCAGAAGAUGCUGGACGAAAAUUGUGGACUCAUACACACCAUACAGGAUUUUCAGAACAUGGGCAAGUCGCAGGAGUGCAUGAGCUAUCAGGUGGCGCUGCAUCGCAAUCUCGUCUAUUUGGCGCAGCUCGCCGAUCCGCAGAUGAACAUUUCCCAAAUACUGCCUCCUCCGCACAUUAUGCAGACGAUGCAGCAGGGCAAUCAACCGCCAGCGCCGCACAGCAUGAUGGGUGUUGUUGGCGGUUUGGGCGGCGUGCCGCCACCGGGCCAACAACAACAGCAACAGCAGCAGCAACAACAGUUGCCCGGCCAGCAGGUGGCACCGGGUGCUCCGCCACCACCGGGCAGCGUUAUACAGGCGCAAAUGCAGCUGCAGCAUGCCAACGAUGCAGGCGUUGGUCCUGUACAAAUGCCACCGUAUCCGGGCCAACAGCAGCAGCCCACGCAUCCCGGCAUGCCGCCGGGUGCCCAACAGCAAUCUCAACAACAACAACAACAGCAGCAACAACAACAACAGCAGCAGCAGCAACAACAGCAGCAGGCGGGCCAAGUACAGCAGCAACAGCAGCCGCCUCAAGUGAGCCAGGCUGGGCCACAGCCACAGGCGGGACCGUAUCGCAAUGUCCAGGCCGGCGCCGGGCAGGCUCAGGUCGUGGCCAAUGCAGCGCCCAGUAAGUAUCAACAACAGCAGCGUCCCAACAACGGACCUCUGCCGCCGGGUCAAAGCCAACCGCCACCACCGCAACAACAGCAGCAGCAGCAACAACAGCAGCCGCCGAACCAGCAGCAACAGCAACCACAGCCGGGACCGGGCCAAGUGCCGCCACCGCAAGCACAAUAUCGCGUCAACUACCAGCAACAGCAGCAGCAGCAACAACAACAGCAACAGCAACACGGUCAUUAUCCGGGCUAUCCGCCGCAAUCGCAGCCGCAGUACCAGCCACAAAACGCUUAUCCCUAUGGACCACCCGGUCAGGGUUAUGGGCCACCACCGCCACCGCCCAAUGCACAGGCGGCGUAUCAUCAUGCAGGCAUGCCGCCCACAUCGACAGCCGGUGGCGCCCAAGGUGUGGUGCAUGCGUAUCAACCGAAUCCGAAUGCUGGUGGCGCCGCUGCGGGCGGACAACAACAACAGGCACCGCCUCCAGGUGCGUAUCCGCCGCCGCCGCCCACACAGCAAGUGGCGCCCGGCCAACAGCCGCCUGGUCCGCCGCCCACACAAAUGUACGGGCCACCGCCGACGGCCGGAGGCCAGGCGGGCCCACCGGGACCGCCAGGUCCACCGCAAAGUGUGCUGCCCAAUCAGUAUGGGCCACCGCCGCCACAGCAGGCGGGCGCCGUGCCCGGCGGUCCUCCGCCGAUGGGCCCCUAUGCCGGCUAUCCGCCCAAUCAAUACGGUCAGGCGGGUGCGCCCGGUGCACCACCAGGUGGCGGCUACGGCCCACCGCCGCCCGGCAGCCAAGCCCAAUCACCGUAUCAGGCGUAUCAACAGGCCACGGGCGCACCGCCCGGAAGUUAUCCGGGCCAACCGGUGCCGGGGCCACCGAAUGCACAGCAGGUGAGUGUGGCGGGCUCAAAUGCUGGGCCGCCACCACCGCCGGCCAGUUACAGCACGGCGCCGAGUCAAACACCGCCGCCACCGCAGCAACAGCAGCAGCAGCAACAACAACAGCAGCAACAACAAUCGGCGCCCAAUCAGCAGCAGCAGCAAGCGGGCAAUCCGAAUGGACCCAAUACGCCGCAAUCGACGCCGCCGCCGCCACCGACAGCUGUGGCGGGUGUGCCGCCCAAUCAGCAGCCGCCGGGCGCGGGUGCCGCACAACAGCAGCCACAGUAUGCGCCACAGCAACAGCAGCAGCCACUGCAACAGCAGCCUGGACAACCAGGACAACAGCUAAGCGCCGUGGUGUCCGGCGUGUCUCCGUUGCCCACACAACAGCAGCCAACGUACUCGACGCCACCCACCAGCGUGGGAGGCUAUGGCACACCACAGCAACAGCAGCAGCAACAACAGCAGCAACAGCAACAACAACCACAGGGUGGACCACCACCACAGCAACAACAACAGCAACAGCCACCGCCAGGCGGACCGCCAAAUGCAACAGCGCCGCCGCCACCAAAUGGCGCCACGCCACCGAUGGCGCCCAAUCAAUAUCAGCCAGCACCGGGCGGACAACCAUACGGUGCACCGCCGCCACCACCGCAAGGUUACGGGCCACCGCCGCCGGGUAGCGCGUAUCCCGGUCAUGGGUAUCAUCAGCCGCCGCAGGCUGGCGGCUAUGCGCAGUAUCCGCCAACGCAGGGCUAUCAAGGCUAUCGACCGGCGCCAGGCGGAGCACAGAUGCCGCCACCGGGAGCACCGCAAGGUCCACCGCCAGCGGGCGCCUAUGGUUACUACGGCAAUCAGCCGCCACAGUGAAGCGUGCAUGUGAGUGAGAGAGCGAGAAGUAUGAAGAACAUGAAACAUGGAAAACAACAACAACAACAAAAGAAA